AACUCUUUGUGGAACUCCAAAUUACAUUGCACCUGAAGUGCUCAAUAAGAAAGGACACAGUUUUGAGGUGGAUGUCUGGUCAUUGGGAUGUAUCUUGUACACUCUUCUUGUUGGAAAGCCACCUUUUGAAACCUCUUCCUUGAAGGAUACUUACCAGCGUAUCAAAAGAAAUGAAUACUACAUUCCUUCUAAAGUUUCUCACCCUGCACAACUUUUGAUUAUCAAGCUUUUACGACCAGACCCUGCCACAAGACCUGGCCUUCAACAAGUUCUAGAUGAUGAUUUCUUCAAGGGAUUCGCACCGAGCCGCAUGCCAGUCAGCAGUUUAACCAUGGUACCCAGGUUUGCCACGGGAUCUUCCUCAAACCUACUUGGUACAUCUAGAAGGCCACUCAAUGAGUUGAACGCACAAGAACCUGCCGUAAGCACUGCCAAGAAGGACAAGGCUGCCUUUUUGGAAAAAGUAAGCAACAGAAGGUCACUGGGUGUUCGAGUUUGUGGUGCGGAGAGUAAACUGAUUAUGCCUGGUGAAGCUGUUGCUGAGGAGCUAAAGGAGGAAAAUCAAGAAGAGAUACCCAAAGACUGUUAUCUUUCCCAACUACACAAGCUGAUUACGUCCUGUCUGGACACAAGACCUUAUCCUCCCCAUCGACCCUGCAUUAAUGAAGAUGAUGCUGAAGACCCAGCAUACGUUCCAGUAUACUGGGUUGGUAAGUGGGUGGAUUAUUCCGACAAGUACGGCUUUGGUUACCAACUUAGUGACAACAGUGUAGGAGUUCUAUUUAAUGACUUAACAAGAGUCAUUCUUUACCAGGAUGGAGACAAUCUGCAGUACAUUGAUGAAGAAGGAAAAGAGCAUUAUCACACACUAAAGGGUUACCCUAAAUACCUUGAAAAGAAAGUGACCCUUUUGAAACACUUCCUGACAUACAUGAAUGAUCACUUAUUAAAGGCUGGUGCAGGUGCCAAAGGUGCUAAAGAAGAUGAGUCUGCAAGGUUACCUUUCUUGAAACAGUGGUUCCGUACGAAAGAAGCCAUUGUACUGCAUCUCACUAAUGGCACUCUACAGAUUAACUUUUUCAAGGACCAUACCAAGAUUAUGGUGUGCCCUCUGAUGGGAGCAGUGACGUACAUUGAUGAGAGCAAAAGAUUCAGAACAUUCCCCCUGAAAAACAUUGAGAAACAUGGCUGUAGUGCCAGUAUAGCCAAACGGCUUAGCUAUGCUCGUAAAAUGAUAGAGCAAGUACAAGAAACUGAAAAGAGAGGCAACAAAGAUUAAAUAAUAUGAACUGAAUUUUGCUGGCUUUACUUGAGUUAGUAAUCUUUUCUUUCUGAUGUUUUUCUCUUGAUUUCUAGAUAAAAUAGAAUGAUAGGUUCCUCAUUUUAUUCAAUCAUAAUCUCUGUGUAGAAUUUUACUGUUUAUAGUGAUGAGUUGAAUCUUCAUUAUCAAACUAUUUACUUGCAAAGUAAUAGUAGAAGCUGUGAGCAAGUUGCACACGUGAGUUGUGCUUCUUUUCCAAACAUUUCUGUUGUUUCAUCUGAUGCUGAACAUUCAUCUUUUCUCAACCUCGACAAUUUGUGAAUGAAUUGGUGAUUUUGAUGCAACCAUUUUAUAGAUUAUAUGUUGAAGAUGAUUUUGAGACCAUAGGUCGACCACUUUGACAUGUAUCUCCAAUGAGAGCACAUACAGUGGCCUUGUAAGAAAUAAACCUCUCAGUGAGAAAAGGGAAGGAAUUCAAUCCUUAGAAGCUUCAAAUUAGUUGAAGGUAACUCCCAGAGUUAAUUUCAAGGAUUUUACUUAUUUAAAAGUGCUCAUCAAAUGAAAAUGAUUUGAUGAAAUUCAAGAUAUUAAUUUCCCUUCACAGCCUAUUAGACAUUAAAUACUCCCAAUGCUUUUCCAUUUGGUUAAGAAUAUGUGAAAAUAAUAGUGAAGUUACGAUGAUUUGUUCUAAAAACUAUGAAAAUGUGAAAGAACAUGUUCACAAUAGUUAAAAUGAAUACUUCUGUCAAUUGUUGUUUACUAUUAAUAGUUAUACUCCAUCAUUGUAAAUAGCCAUUUUACCUGUAAUAAAACAGUAACUCAAUUUCAUAUCUA